AUGCUGACUUCUUUCUCUUGGGUACCGAAGGGUGCAAUGAGGCCUGUUCCAAUCCACUCCACAGAGAAUUUGGAGACGGUGCGGGCAAAACUGCGACGGCAGAACCCCGGAUGCGCGGCGGAAGAGGCAGCAGGAGUUGCGGGCGAAACUGGGCCGCCAGUGCAGGGUGAAUUCUGCAGCAGUGAUGACGACAGUGGCGACGGUGUUGACAAUAUGCAGUUUGGCGGGGGUGUCGACACCGUUUUAGAGCAGGUGAAGUCGGACGAUGAGGACGAAGUCAACGACACGACCUUCAAAGAGACAGACAUUGUCUUUGUCACCGCUUCUGCGGAGGCUUCACAACCACGACUGGAGCUCUACAUUUAUGAUGAACCAGAGGACACAAUGUACGUUCACCAUGACGUGGAGAUUGCCGCGUUUCCCUUGAGUACGACGUGGCUUACAGACGGCACAAUGUCUCUUUGCGCCGUUGGUACAAUGCGUCCGUUUGUGGAAGUCUGGAGUCUUGACGUCAUUGAUGCGGUGGAGCCGGUCUGCCUCCUGGGAGGCUGCAUCCAUUGGGAGGAUAACUACAGGAAAAGCAUCAAGACCCGCAUGCUGAAGGAGGAAUCGCACAAGGAUGCGGUAAUCAGCGUUCGAUGGAACACAUGUGCGCAACACAUGCUAGCCUCUGGUAGCGCGGACAGCAGCAUCAAGUUGUGGGACCUCAAUACGUCCACUUGUGCCGGAACGUACGCGGAGCCAGACAAAGUGCAGAGCCUUGACUGGCAUCGCGAGGAGGCGAACCUGUUGCUUUCGGGCGGUUUUGACGCGACGGCGGUGCUGCGCGACUGUCGCUCGCCCAACCAGGCGGCAAUAAGAUUUGCCACGAAUGGGGUUGUUGAACAUGUGGAGUUUGCCCCGCAUGGCGGCAGAAUUAUUUACGCAUCCACGAGCAAUGGUGGAUGGAUGGCGUUUGAGGCGCGCAUGAAUGCAAAGCCCCUGUGGCAGCUGCAGGUACACGAGGCCGAUGCCACGUUUGCCGCAUCGCCGCACAUUGCCGGAUUGCUUGCUGUGGGAGGCAAGGAUGGCAACAUUAGUCUCUGGGAUGCACGUGACGCGUCUCGACCACCAACUCAGAUCGUCUCACGUUCGUAUCGCACAGGAGCAGUUCUGUCGCUGGCAUUUCACCCAAACUCACCACAUAUUCUUGGUGCCUGCGGUAGCCGUGGUGAGCCGCUUGUUUACACCACCACCACUGACAUUCGCGACGUAUUUCUUUCGCAAUAA